AUGAAUAUACUCAGACCGUAUUUUAAGCUUCAAGCAGAGUAUGAUUUAGAUAAACCAAACUUUAUCUUUACGUCCGAUAUUCCUAAAAAUAUAAUUAAUAUAGCGUCAAAAUAUUUGCUGCUAGGAGGCAAUACUACAGAGUUAACUGAUAUGACACGGUUCUACCAUCCGAUGCUUGAAUUUAAUAUAAACAUCGAGCUUAAUACAUUGCUCGCACGAAAUCGGGAUUUGAGGCCAAGCGACUUGAUAAAAGAAAAUUUAAUCACAUUAGCCAAAACCAAGGAUCGGUGUUCGACGAGUAUUGAAAACUUAUUUACGACAGUACCGAAGGCGCCGGGGCUUACUAUCAACCCGUAUAAAUUCAUGAACAAUGAGGUAUUUAUUGUCAAUUUAACGCUAAAGGUGUUAGACUUUAUAAUUUGCAUGAAUGAGGAAACGAAUGUGAUUAUUGAUUUUUUGAAGGACGAGAACUACGGAAUGUUAUUAUUGAGUGAUGAACAGUUAAUAGACCAGGUUGAAAAUUAUAUAAAAGCAACAUUGAUAAAGGAACUCAAGGGCCAAAGGACACUAGACUCAAAGGAUGAAUCGAGAUCAAUAAACAUUGACCACAAUGGCUAUUUGGCCGAUAUCACUGAUGUCCCCAUAGGGGUCCAAGAUGUCUCCAUUAAUAACGGAAAGUCAUUUGUAUAUGAUGAUGAUUAUGAGUCAUCAUUUGAGGAAUUAUUAUUAUUGAAAUCUAACGAUACAAGGUCGACCACUAAUGAGGAAGGUAAUGACGAAUACGAGUUUAAAACCGAAAGCAUAUUAAUGGAAAAUGAUGAGGACAAUAAUAUCUUUCGAACUAAAAUUGGCCUGUCGACAUCAAAGACAAAUAAGCAAAUAAAUACGAUAAAGGAAGAGGAGUAUGAAGAUACUUUUAUUGAAGAUAUGAACAAUCUAAGACACAAUGAAUUCUUCAUUAGAUCUGAUAAUUUGCAAGAGAGCACCAAAAACUCAAGUGCAAUACCCGAUUCAAUCCCGUUGGAUACAGAAACUCAAUACAGAUCGAGACAAAAUACGUCGCUUCUAAAAUCCCCUGUUCAAUUAACUGAGCAAAUAUUAGAGUCUCCACAAUCCUCGACAAGACAACUGUCACUAGCAUCAAUGUCGCCAAAGCAUAAAUCCGUUUCUCGAAGAACAUCUACCGCCUCUUUCUCCAUGAUAAAUUAUGAGGAUACCAAUUCCGAUUUGGAGUAUGCAUUUCGAAACAAGUCAUCCACCGUUCCCACAUAUAUCAAACUGGAUAAAAAAUUCAAAUUCAUCAAAGUUGGGAAAGUUCAAAAGUUCGUUAAUUUAUUCGAGGAAAAGCUGGAUCUUGCCUCCAAUAGUACACCAAGUACGCGGCCCACCAGUCCCUUGAAGAAUACAUACGUACCUACAGACUAA